AUGUCUAUUGCUUUGGAUAGUGGGAAUUAUAUGAUCAAACGGUCCAGGAGAUUCAUCCAUGGGAUAUCGUCGCUCUACACAAAAGGCUUUGAUCAGGAUCAUCGUUUGGAGUUAGAGGAGGACUCUAGCAGCUCGAGCUCGUCGUCAGUUGGUAAUGACAGUGAUGAUGAGCCUAAUGGGUCCUCCGAGGGUGAGGAGGCUGAGGUUCAGAGCUCGUUUAAAGCGCCUUUGGACACCAUGGACCAGCUUGAGGAGGUUUUUCCUGUCAAGAGAGGACUAUCUGAGUUCUACGAUGGUAGAUCAAAGACCUUCACGAACCUAGCAGACGCGUCAUCAUUGUCUACUGUUAAGGAGCUUGCGAAGCCGGACAAUCCUUAUAAUAAAAAGCGCAAGAAUCUGUUGACCGAUGGUUAUUAUUUCCGGGAUCUGAAGAUUAAUGGUGGUGGCAUAAGGAGAUCAGCUAGCUUUGGUCGUCCUCCUCUACAUCCCUACCGUAGGAGGGAACCUGGUAAUGGAUCAUCUGAUCUACAAGGUGAGGUUGCAUCAAUGCCUAAUUAA